UGGGCAUCCUGCAUUAACGCUGCCAGGCGAAGUCCCAGGAGAGUCCUCGGUGUGUCCCUACUGCAUCUACUACAAUCAACUUAGUGACAGUGAAAAUGUUAACGAGCAGCCCGAGGACCAGCAGCUCGGCCACAGCAACUCGUGCCCUGGCAACAGCCCUUGUCACAGUAACAGCCCGUGCCAGUGUAGCAGCCCCUGCCGCGGUGAUGUACAGGUGUCGGAGCCAAAGAAGAGGCUGCUGGAGCGCUGCUGGGCGGGCUUCCGCAACAAACUCAAAGUCAUUGUUGCCAGCAGAUACUUCAACAGGGGGAUCAUGAUUGCCAUCCUCAUCAACACGCUGUCGAUGGGCAUAGAGUACCACGAACAGCCGCAGGAGCUGACGGAUAUUCUGGAGAUCAGUAACAUGGUGUUCACAAGCCUCUUCAGUCUGGAGAUGCUGCUGAAGCUCAUGGCUCUCGGCCUCUUCGGCUACAUCAAGAACCCGUACAACGGCUUCGACAGCAUCAUCGUCAUCAUCAGUGUGUGGGAGAUUGUGGGGGAGGCGGAGGGAGGCUUAUCGGUGCUGCGUACCUUCCGCCUGCUGAGAGUUCUGAAGCUGGUCCGGUUCCUUCCUGCCCUGAGGAGGCAGCUGGUGGUGCUGAUGAAGACCAUGGACAAUGUGGCCACGUUCUGCAUGUUGCUGAUGCUCUUUAUAUUCAUAUUCAGUAUCUUAGGGAUGCAUCUGUUUGGCUGUAAAUUUGGUUUGCGUCAGGACAGCGGAGACACUUUACCGGACAGAAAGAAUUUCGACUCUCUGCUCUGGGCGACUGUCACCGUGUUUCAGAUCCUCACCCAGGAGGACUGGAACGCCGUGCUCUAUAAUGGGAUGGCCUCCACCACGCCGUUGGCUGCCCUCUACUUUGUCGCCCUCAUGACCUUUGGCAACUAUGUCCUCUUCAACUUGCUCGUAGCCAUAUUGGUUGAGGGCUUUCAAGCUGAGGGUGAUGCCAACAGAUCGGAGGCAGAUGACGAGAGACAGUCACUCUCUUUUGAGGACGAGGAGAAGUUGAGAGAGAUAUAUGCUGCAGAGCUCAAGAUCCAGUCUAUGAUGCUGAGCCCCAAUGGUCUCCUGAACCCAAAGGCCUCCAUGCCCCACCUCCCUCCUCCCCCUCUGCCCGUCAUCACGCACACCGCAGCCACGCCCACCAUCAAUUCCGGCCAAUCGCGGCGGGCGAGCAUGGCCUCCAUGGAUUUCAACAACCCUGAGCUGAGAUCACCGACUCUGUGGGACAGCGGGCCGGAGAGCCGUCGCUCAAGCUGGACGAGCAUGGGUCGAGCCCCCAGCCUCCACAGGAGGAGCCAGUCGGGGGAGAUGGAGUCCCUGUUGUCCGACACACACUCAAACUCCAACUUCAGCAGCAGGGAGCAGUCUCUGGACCAGGCCGACUACCUGCAGGUGCCCAUGCUUCACACGCCCGACUGCAACGGCACCACCUUCAGACUCGCUGACAACUGCUACGACGACGCCCCCCUAACGACGCAAUACCACAGUGACCAGGAGGAGGAGGAGGUUGAAGAGAGUUUAUGUAAGAAGGUAAAGAAGAUCCUGGAGCCAUAUCAGCCCCAGUGGUGUCUGGAGCACGAAGAGUGGUCCCUCUAUGUGUUCUCUCCUCAUAACCGGUUCAGGGUGUGGUGUCAGAGGGUCAUAGGUCACAAGAUGUUCGAUCACGUUGUCCUCCUCUUCAUCUUCCUUAAUUGUAUCACCAUUGCACUGGAGAGACCGGACAUCCAGCCGCACAGCAUGGAGCGGGUGUUCCUCAGUGUGUCCAAUUACAUCUUCACUGUGAUCUUCGUCGGCGAAAUGAUGAUCAAGGUGGUGGCUAUGGGCCUGUACUUUGGAAACGGCGUGUAUCUCCAGAGCAGCUGGAACAUUUUGGACGGGCUGCUGGUGUUUGUGUCGAUGGUGGACAUCCUGGUCUCCAUCGCAUCGUCAGGUGGUAACCGGAUCUUAGGCAUCCUCCGGGUGCUCCGUCUGCUCCGCACCCUGCGACCUCUCAGGGUGAUAAGUCGAGCGCCAGGUCUCAAACUGGUGGUGGAGACUCUCAUCACGUCCCUCAGACCCAUCGGUAACAUCGUCCUCAUCUGCUGUGCUUUUUUCAUCGUCUUUGGAAUAUUAGGAGUCCAGCUGUUUAAGGGGAAAUUCUUCUACUGCGACGGACUCGACAUCAGUAACAUCACCAAUAAAACUCAGUGUCUGAACGCAGGAUACCGCUGGAUGCGCAGGAAAUACAACUUUGACAACCUGGGACAGGCGCUGAUGUCACUGUUUGUCCUGUCGUGUAAAGACGGCUGGGUCAGCAUCAUGUAUGAUGGCCUGGAUGCUGUCGGAGUGGAUCAGCAGCCAAUAAGAAACAACGACCCCUGGAUGCUGCUGUUCUUCAUCUCGUUCCUCCUCAUCGUCAGCUUCUUUGUGCUCAACAUGUUUGUGGGUGUGGUGGUGGAAAACUUUCACAAGUGUCGCCAGCAGCAGGAGGAGGAGGAGGCGCGGCUGAGGGAAGAGAAGCGACAGAAGCGGCUGGAGAAGAGGAGGAGAAGGGCCCAGGAGAAACCAUAUUACUCGGACUACUCCCCGCUGCGACGAUCCAUCCACACCGUGUGCACCAGCCACUACCUGGACCUCUUCAUCACCAUCAUCAUCUUCACGAACCUCCUCACCAUGAGCAUGGAGCACUACAACCAGCCUCAGUACUUCGAGGAAAUACUGAAGUACUGCAAUUAUGUCUUCACGGUGGUUUUUGUCAUCGAGGCCAUCCUCAAACUCGUCGCCUUCGGCCUGCGCCGCUUUUUCAAAGAGAGAUGGAACCAGCUGGACCUUGCCAUUGUGUUGUUGUCCAUCAUGGGAAUUGCGUUGGAAGAAAUCGACCUGAGUGCUUCCCUGCCCAUCAACCCAACCAUCAUACGCAUCAUGAGAGUCCUGAGGAUAACACGAGUGCUGAAGCUCUUGAAGAUGGCCACAGGGAUGAGGUCACUGCUGGACACUGUGAUGCAAGCCCUGCCUCAGGUGGGGAAUCUGGGUCUGCUCUUCAUGUUGCUGUUCUUCAUCUAUGCAGCUCUGGGAGUUGAGCUCUUUGGAAAACUGGAGUGUUCGGACGAGAACCCGUGCGAGGGCCUCAGUCGCCACGCUACCUUUGACAACUUUGGCAUGGCUUUCCUCACACUCUUCAGGGUGUCCACCGGGGACAACUGGAAUGGAAUUAUGAAGGACACUCUGCGCGAGUGUCGCCCGCAGGAUCGCCACUGCCUCACCUACCUGCCCUUGAUCUCCCCGGUCUACUUUGUCACCUUUGUCCUCACGGCUCAGUUUGUGCUGGUCAACGUGGUUGUGGCUGUUCUGAUGAAGCACCUGGAGGAGAGCAACAAGGAGGCGCAGCUGGAGGAGAUGGAGGAGAGGAAGGAGCGGGAGGAGAGGAAGGAGCAGGAGGAGAGGAAGGAGAGGGAGGAGAGGGAGGAGGCCAGCCGGCGUCUCAGUGCUGUGUCUUUGAGCGGAGCCCCCGGGCCGAACGUGGAUGCACCUGCUCAGGUGCAGGUCGAGGAUGAGGAGUGUUCCCAAGGCAACCUGCUGAUCAUGGGACGCAUGAUGUCUCUCCCCAGCGACAGCUACGUUCAGCCACUAAGAUGUUCCCCUUAUCCUCCCGUUGGACACGAGGCCUACUCCGGCUACAGCUACUCAGGCUCCAUGUCGUCUCUGACCUCCAGUGGCGGCGGCUCCCUGCUGCAGGUUCCAGGAGCUCUGCCCGCCAUCAGCCACGCGUCACUGGGAUCCGGCCGCAGCUUGAGGCCCAUGAUCUGCCUCAGCACCUCCCAGAGCAUCGACAGACACUCCCCACACAGACUCAGUCCUGCUGACAGCAUGGAGGGCUACAGGCUCAGUCCCGCUCACAGAAUAAACAGACACAGACUGAACUCAGCUCAUAGCAUCGACGGAUACAAGUUCAGCCCGGCACAUCGGAUAAACAGACACAGACUCAGCUCUACUCGCAGUAUGGACGGAUACAGGCUGAACCAGGAACAUAACACAGACAGACCCAGACUCAUGUCCAGUCACAGUAUGGACAGACACCCGUCCCUCAGACUGAGUCCCACCCACAGUGCCAGCAGACAGCCUUCUCAUUGGCUCAGUCCUGAAGACAGUUUGGACAGAAACAAGUUGAGUCCCUCCUACGUCCCCGACAGUUCAGUCCUGAAGAGACCAGCGUCUUUCCACACUGCCAGCAGACAGCUACGAAGACAGGAGGCUGUGCGCUGUGAUUCACUGGAUCAGAGCGGUUCAGUGGAAAAUCUGGCAGAGCCUCACCUUACUGUGCCCACUGUCUCUUCCACGCCACCACGCCAGCGAUCGUCCAGUGUGCACACGCUGAAAUAUACACACCCUCAGAGGGUCAUCUCGUGCCACAGCCACAGCCGGAGCCACAGUGAAACCACUGGACGUGAACAUGAACCUGAGCAGGCCGGCGGCGGCUCGCAGGCAGACACAAAGGUUGAGAAAAGCCCUGUCAGUCCACAGAGCUUUUCCAGUCUGAAGGUUUCCAGCGGCGAAUCCACCCAAUCAGCUCCGCUCUGUGGCUCCAGAGGGCCCAGCUUUAGCCCCGGCUCCAACAUGGGGCCACAGUUGGACGACGCUGAUGAGGAAGUCAGCCGCAUAAACAGUUCUGUUCACACUGACUCACACACACAACUUCCUCCCAGCUCCUCACACAAAACCAGACACCUUACCCCGAGCCCCGGGGAGCACAGGAGCCGCCUCAGCCAAUCAGUAUCCCCAGUGUCGGGCAGGAAGAGGAAGCAGAGGAUGAGCCCGCCGCCGGGGGAGGAGCCAGUCACUAUGGCAACCCAGCUAAUUGACAGCAGCAUUGAACUGAGGAGGCGAACUCUGUCAUUUGACGCCACGAGCCUCUCGCCUAAUCAAGCAGAGGGGAGCUCCGUGGACGACUGAACUCAGACGGGUGGAUGGAUUGGUUAUUCUCUAAAAAUGGAGGCGACAAGUGUGCAGCUGGAGCGCACGAGAGGGGCGGGAGUCGCAUUCCGAAACAGGAAGGAUUACCGAUUUCCUGUUUCAGGCCACGCCCCUCGCCUUGUCCCGUCCAAUCACAAGAUUCCACCACGGUGUUUGAGAUGAACUCAUUCAGACUGUGUAUGAUGUUUGAGUGUGUUCAAAGACUUUUAUCCCUCUGUGCUAUUUGCACACAAGAUGCACACAAGGAGACGUUUCCUUUUCUUCCCUCAUAGUUCUAGCUUUAGUUCAGACACAGUAGUCUCUCUCCUGCGAUAUUUACCCAAUCACUAACUUAACCCCUGCUUGUGCUCCUACUUCUACCCCCACUCUCAUCCUGACCCUUGCAUCUCAAGCCUAGGUCAGAGUACAGGACCGGAUCACAAUAAAGGUGCAGUACAGUUAAGUUACUGCGUAGAGACAUGGAGACAGAAAAUAUAGAGACUUCCACCAAUGAUUAUUUCAAGUACUGAUUAAAGCUUGGGUUGGUAAUCCUGGAAAAGCUAAGAAGCGCAGGCUACACUUUGAAAUUAUGCAACCGAUACAUCCCGACCUUCUCCCAUCGGCCCCUCGUCAAAGCUACGUCUCCACAUGAACGCUCACUGCCUGGCGACUUUACCGCGACUCGCUCACACAACGAGAGCACAAGAUAACGGACAGGGUGCAGGCAGGUUGAUUCUGUUCAGAUGAAAUAAUUGGUCGUGUUUGCUCCAGUCCUCCGAGGGCCACAGACACCAGCUUUUUUUCUUUCUUUUAUUUCUCUGAAGAAUUUAAUGAAUGCUCUUGAGACUUGAAAAAGUUUUCUAUGAAUAAGUUAAAAAGUGAGAAACAACUCGCCAACAAUUCCUUUAAUCUGCGGAUCUCUCAAAAAACAUUGUCUUCAAACCCAAGGUGAUAUCUUCAAAGACUAAUGAGAAUCAAACCCAAUGUUCAUUAUGCUUGAAAAACUAUUGCAUAUUUUAUUUAUAUUAAAAUGAAUAUUGAAUUCAUUUGAAUUAUUAAAAUUCAAACAGCUACCAUCAGAUAAUCACUUACGCUGCAUCUACAAACA